AUGACAAAACACUGCAAUACUCAAUCAUUUCCAACAUUUGUACGCUUGUAUUCAUAUUCAACACAUUUCUGUGCAUUUACAAUGCCUAUCUAUACAUUUUUUGAAUAUUCAUUUAUUUAUGAAUAUAGACCAUUAAAUAGACUAGAAAUAAAAUUAUUUCGUACUUUACGAACUGAAGUUUUCAAUCAAAAUCCAAUUAUUAUUACAUUAGAUGAUGAUGAAAAACACGAAGAAUUGGAAAAAGCAUCGGAACAUGGUGAUGAAAAACGCGAAGAAUCGAAAGGACGCAAACAUGGUGGCGAUGCGGCUGAUGAAAAAUUAAGAGGCGCACUUUCCCAUGCAUCACAAACUGCUGGAAUAUCGGGAACGACAAUGAAAGUUGCAAAAGCCGAAAGUGACGGAAAGCAAACUGCUGGUCCAGAAGUCGGUGAAAGUACAAAAAGUCAACAUGCGUAA